AUGUUCGGCACUUUCAGAUAUAAUAAGACGACGAAGGAUCUCGAGCACAUUCAGCUUUCUAGUGAUGACAUUGUUGAUGCGCGUGGCCAUACGCUUGUAGCAUGUGACCAGUGUCGUGCUCAGAAAUUGAAAUGUAAUGGGGACAGAAACACUUGCGACAGGUGUCUCGCCAACUUAUCAAAAACUUGCACUUACGUAGGAAGAAAGAGGCUAAGCCACCCGUUGGCACCUUCAAAGCGUCAAAAGCAAGAAAAAAACCAGAAUUUGGCAGAGCCAAGACAUUUAGAGCCAUCUUCAACAGCCGACAAUGUGGGGAAAAUUUCCACUUUCUGGCCCAACGAUACUGCAAUGUUCUGCGCCUCUUCUCCAACAACACUAAGGUCCGACAUCGAGCGGCAGCCGCUGUUCACAGGAUCAGACUUGUCGUGGGAUUCCAUGAGUGAGCUUUUAGAUACCAGCAAUCUCAGCGAACACGAGACGGCGAUGAGUCCUGGAAUCGACCUCUUCGAAACCUCGCCUGCAUCAUAUCAAGAAGCUACGAAUAUGCUAGAUGGACAAAAUUCUUUGUUACCAAUGAACGAAAACAGUCUCUGUGCUCCAUUAUGGGUAACAGGUGCCGAAUUAGAGCCCAGAGAGCAGCAAGCCCAAGGACGGCCGCGACUCGCAUCAUACUCCGAAGCACCCUCCUCACAAUUUGGAGAAAGAGUAGUCCGACAAACGAAUUGCAACUGUCUUCAUACAAUGACGCAGCUCUUCGAAGACACAGAGAGCACAGUCGAAAGCCAGGGAUUUGACGAAUUCAUGAUGUGCCUGGGACGCGGAACACAGAUGUGCGAGAGCGUGCUCGCGUGUGUGCAUUGCAAUGCUUGCACGGACAACGCCAUGUUAUUCACAAGUAGCGCUCGGCAGCUUGUUUUGACGGCGCAGAAAAUCUCGAGUAAGCUCCUCCUCACACAUCAAGCCGGUCGUCGGCGGAGCGACUCUAGCAAGUGGUCGAGUCACGAUAUUGGGGACGAUAUUGUUACUUUUGGUAGGUAUCGAAUGGAGCAGCCUGAGAUGCAGAUUCGACUCGUUCACCAAAUCGUUCUUUUACAUAUUGAAGAUCUGCAGCAGCUGUUAGCGAAAAUCAAGAAAGGCGUGGGACUGAAGAGGAAGGCGGAGGAGUUGCUGAUUGACGCAGAAUGUAGUGUUGCGAGGCUUAAUCGGGUGAUUCGCGAGCUGGCGAAGUGA